UUGAACUUCUUAAGUGUAAAUUGCUCGUUAGCUUCUGCUCGAGAAAAUUUCGUGAAACCCAAAAUCCGCAACAAACCAAAAUGAAAUUCUUCUUGCUGUUGGCCUUGGCCCUCGUGGGCAUUGUUGCUGGAGCUCAGCUGCCCGACUCCGCCACCCAGGGACCCAAUCCCCAGGACAUCGCCACUCCCGAGCCUGAGUACAUUGACAUCGAUGAGCCCGCCCCGGCCGCUCCUGCCGCUCGUCCCGUAGCCGCUGCUCCCCGUCCCGUCUUCGCUGCCCCCGCUCCCGUCGUGGCUCGUCCUGUGGCCCGUCCCGUGACCGUGGCCCAGUCCUUCGUGCAGCAGCCCGUGGUCCAGCAGCCGAUCGUGCAAAGGGCCCAGUACCUGGCCCCGGUGGCCCAGCAGGUGGUGGUGCCGCAGCAGCAUCUGGUGGGGCACACCUACAACAGCAGGGCCGGCUACCAGUACCGCCGACCAGUCUACAACGAAACCAUCAAAGAAACGACCAACAAGAACAAGCCAAGAUCAAAAGCAUAAAGAGCGAAGUACAAAGAGACAAAUGAUGUUCUAAAGACAAAGAUCGAAAAACGAAGUAUUCAGUUAUUGUUGAAUUGCCCAGUAAAGUACGAAUAAAUAAACGUAAAUUAUUUGUAAAAAUGAUAAACAAA